AUAUAAUACACUACAGGUACAUCUGCUAAGCAAUCUGCAAACCCUCCCACAUUUCCCCCGAACCCAACUCUUUCUGCCCUCCCACCACCAAAUCCAUAGGGAUCUAUGUUUCAUCUGAUUGGUUGGGGACGUGGCAACAAGGGGCGAGAACAAUAGCAUCAUUCCUCCUUAAAAAGAGUGCAGCUAUGCCUUGGAGACGAAAGCAUUUCGGGAAGAGAAAGAUCAAUAGCCAAAAGGUGCGGGCGGAAUCAGAGCUGCGAGCGCGCCUGUAAAUCCUACAAACCUGGAUUUCAUUUCAGCUGCCAGCACAUCUUUUUCAAGUGCCAUUUUCCUCAUCCGCAAAGAUGCCCAAGGGUUUCCUGGUAAAACGAAACAAGAAAUCGGGGCACGUAUCCUACAGGGUUCGCGCUGAGGAGAAUGAUCAGGACCAGAUGCAGGCUGUGAGGAGCCAAAGCGAUGCAUCCCCAGCUGUAUCCGUCGCUUCCAGCCCAGACCGCGCAGAGGCGUCACCAAAUCACGCAGCGGACACACCGGUUUCUGGACGGGAUGCAAAACCAGUACAAUUUGGCAACCCCGAGGCGGUGUAUCAGGCACUGUACAGCCCUACGCGGCCCAUCAGCAAAGAACACGAGAGGAGGUAUUUCGAGAGAAGUUUUAACCUGGGCUCGCCCAUUUCUGCAGAGUCAUUCCCUACACCUGCCGCCCUCACCACUUUGGACCAGCUCCUCUUCGCACCUGUGGACUUGAAAAUCGGCACCAGCAACAGCAGCCGAAGUGGCACAACAAGCGGCGCCCCCUCGGCUGCCGCCAGGAACAGCAGUAAAAGACCGAUAUCCGACAGCGACCGCAAGAUGAAGCCCGUGGCGAAGAAACCCAAAGCGAUCAGAAAACUCCAUUUCGAAGACGAUGUCACAACUUCUCCUGUACUUGGUCUGAAAAUUAAAGAAGGACCGGUCGAUUUAAAACCAAGACCGCCGUCGUCUGGGGGAAGCAAGCCCUUGGGGGAAUUCAUCUGUCAGUUAUGCAAGGAAGAAUACGCCGAUCCCUUUUCUUUAGCCCAGCACAAGUGCUCGAGAAUCGUAAGGGUUGAGUACAGGUGCCCUGAAUGUGACAAGGUUUUCAGCUGCCCGGCAAACCUCGCCUCUCACAGGCGCUGGCACAAGCCGAGACCGCCAGCGGCGCCCGGCGCAUCGGCCGCCAGACCCGAGAUCGCUAAGGUGCCGCCUGGUGUCAAGGCCCUAUCUGAGGACUUCAAGGACAUGAGGGCAGAGCUGGCCAGCGACAGGGACACCCCCAGCCCGGGGCCGUCAGAGUCUGGGUCCGAAGACGGCCUUUACGACUGUCACCACUGUGGGAAAAAGUUCAAACGCCAAGCCUACCUGAGAAAGCACCUCUCGGGACACUCGCAGGGUAAGAUCCUGGAAGAGCACGGAUUCCCAAACGCCGAGAAGGGAGCCGAGAAGCUCAACCAAGCGCCGCCCUCCGACGAAAACCAAAGCCAAGGUCCACUGAACCUAAGUCCCCUGGAGUGCCUCCUAUGCCCGGUGUGUGGCGAGAGCUUCCCCAACAGGGGCAGCCAGGAGCGACACCUCAGGCUCCUGCACUCGUCCCAGGUGUUUCCCUGCAAAUACUGUCCUGCCACCUUCUACAGUUCGCCGGGACUGACGAGGCACAUUAACAAAUGCCACCCCUCGGAGAACAGGCAGGUCAUCCUCCUUCAGAUGCCGGUGCGCCCUGCGUGCUAAAGAGCAUCUUCGAAAAGUCGUGCCUUUAAACAGGGGAAACGCGGCAUGAAACGCCUCGAUUUUACGAUCCGAAUCGCCAAAGAUCGUGGGGCGUCUCGGUCAAACCAAUCAAUGGCCAUUGAAAUAUUACGGAACUAUAACUUGAAGUAUAUAUUUUCAAAUCUCUCUCGACUUAGUUUAUCACAAAAAAAAACAUUAGUUUGACUGUUAAAGAUAUUUUUUUAGGACUGCUGCACACGUGCUAAUGUACUAGCUUCUAGACCUAAGAAAUUGCUCUAAAUCUUUAGGUGUACUUUUUUGUCAUAAAUGCCUUUUAAUUCACAUGCUGUAAAUGUUCUCUAUAACGUUAGCUUUAUUAUAGCUUGUGAAUCGCUGGACAUCGACUUUUACCGUUGUCUUGAAGCAAACGAAAUUCUUAAACAUUCCCUUGAAGUGUAACCAUUAAUGCCUUUAGAGUUUUAACACAUAAGUUAUCGUGCUGUAACUGCCUUAAAAAUGUCAAUGUCUGUAAUGAUUGUUUUAAUUUUUGAUAAAGUCGGCACAUAUUUUAUCAUCUAUAUUAUUAAUAUUAUUGCUAUAUGUUUCAUCGUUAUAUUUUUAUUUAUUUAUUUAUGAAGACUAUUUUACGUAAAUUAUUGUGUUGUGUGAUUCUGUAAGUCAUUCUGGAAUUUGACGUCUUAGCAAAAUGUUGCUUUGUCAUAUUUAUCUAUACGUUGUUAUGAUGUUGUGGAUGGUUUACAACUUUACUACAAUCUACACAGCUCUUGUAAAACGUAAGCUCUUAUUUUAGAUGCAAUCCUUUUCUAAUACACAGGUUAUUUUCUUAAAUGUUAGAUUUUAUAGCGCUUUAAUCGUAUGUUUAAACUGUGUUGGCUCUCUCUUCAAAUAAAAUAUUUUCAAAAUGGCAAACGG